UUAUUAAUCCAACAGAAAAAAAAAACAUUGGAAAAGUGGCCAGCACACUGCCAGCUAAUAACUAAGAACAAAAUUGAGUUCCGUACAUGAUAAUGAAGUAAAAAAAAAGUUGCUAUAUGAUAUAACAUAAAAAAAACAUGCGCUUCUUCUCUUUGCUGGCUCACUUCUUCAAAGUUAAUUCUGUCGAAUUUCCAGUCCACUUUGUUGGCUAAGCUACUUUUGUUGCAUUUCCAGCGCUCUCUGUUGAAGCACUGUCCCAGUGUCCCACCUUGUGGGCUCAGCUUCUUGCUGCAGGUUCAGGGAAUAAUCACCCAACUUCCCUUUUCCUUGACCUUCUUCAUUUGCUGAAGUUGGUCUCAGUGUUGUGCUGGAACUGCCUGUGCUGCUAAUCUUCAAAAGUUGUUUUUGUUGGCUCAGUCACAAAAACAGCCACCUGUUCUUUCCUUUUCCUUUUCCUUAAAAAGAUCCAACACACGCCACAAAACAGCCACCUGUUCUUUCCUUCUUCACCCUGAACUUCUGUUUUCUUCCUACAUAAGGAAUAGAAAAACUUAUCAUUGGUUCUCAUCAGGCAGUUUUGAUUGUUCCCAUCAGGCAAAACAAGCAAUUCCUUCUUUGACAAACUGUAGCAGGUUGCAACUGAUGUCAAUAGAACAGAACAGGUUUUUCGGGGCAAUUGCCAACCUCAUUGUCUAACUUGUCCAGAAACAUACAAGAGCUAAAUAUUUUUGCCAACAAUAUAUCUGGCACUAUCCCAUCGGAUAUCAGAAACUUGAUAGGCCUGGAGGUGCUUGUUCUUGGUCGCAACUUGCUCAAUGGGAUAAUUCAUGAGAGCAUAGGGAAGCUUGCACAGCGGGAUGUAAAUGGCAAAUAAACGGCGUUCACAAGUCCCGUUUAGUUAGUUUUAUCUAGCUUGAUAGUUCAUUCUCCCCGGGAAAAAAAACAAAUUAUUGAACUGUUAAGACCAUAAGUGGGUUUAAACGGGACCCGCUUUGCAUCCCAAAGUCAAUUAAUAUGGAUCGAAGGGAGUAAUAAAAACAUAGAAGAACUAAUGCUAAUUGGUUUCCAUCAAACAGAUGGACCCGAUUGUUUCAUUCAUUGCACCGCGCCUUGAUAAAUCACUGGGGCCUCCUGGACUACAUCAUGGGGGGCAGGUGCAGCUCAGGAGCAUUUAAUCAGGGAGAGCAAGUCAGUUUCGGCACAGGUGCAGAAGUGGUCAAAUUCAGUCCUAGGUCACUAACAUGAAUAAUGGUACCGGUACUAAUUUAAUCCGGCAAAAGGCUCGCCGGCAUCAUCCAAAUUCUGUAUCAGAAAGAAAGAGCUUGUAGCUCCAAUGAUCCAUACCGAGGAGAGAGAGAAAAGAACCACCCAAAUAACCAGCCCGAUGCAGCAAACCAUGUGGCGGAGGGGUACACCGCUGCCACGGCGCCUCUUCGGAAUCAGAUGUCUUGUGCUUCUCCUACUCUCCACCAUGGGGGUCAUGCACGCACACGACGAUGACGAGGGAGCUCUCACGGCUUUCAAGGAAAGGAUUUCAGACCAUUCCGGGGUGCUGGCCUCCUGGAACCGGAGCAUCAGCUACUGUGUCUGGGAGGGCGUCACGUGCAGCCGGAGACAUCGGUCGAGGGUGGUUGCUCUGGACCUAAACUCUCAGGGGAUCUCCGGCACUAUCUCCCCCGCCAUCGGCAACCUCACGUUCCUCCGCACGCUCAACUUGAGCCUCAAUCCCUUGCACGGCAAGAUUCCUCCCAGCAUCGGCUCCCUCCGCCGUCUCAAGUACCUUGGUGCAAUCCCAAGCAACAUUAGCCGCUGCACCAACCUCAGGGUGAUGAUAAUUGCUGACAACAAGGGGUUGCAAGGAAGCAUACCUUCUGAGAUCGGCAACAUGCAAUCGCUUCGUGUUGUACACCUAUACAACAACAGCCUCACUGGGACCAUCCCCUCAUCACUUGGGAACCUCUCACAGGUGACCAUCUUGUCCCUGGCAGCUAACCAUCUCGAGGGAUCAAUCCCCGAGAGCAUUGGGAACAAUGCACAUCUCGGGUUCCUUCAGCUGGCCAUGAACAACCUCUCAGGUUUGCUUCCUCUUUCGCUGUACAACCAGUCAUCUCUGUACAUGUUUUUUGUGACGGACAACUACCUGCAUGGCCGUCUACCAGCUCAUCUGGGAAGAAGCCUUCCUAGCAUACAGCAGUUUGGAUUUGGGAAUAACCGAUUCACUGGAGUUGUGCCUCCAUCACUGACUAAUAUCUCCAGACUCCAGCUUUUUGAUGUUGCAAAUAACGGAUUCAGUGGGGUUGUCCCUUCAGACUUGGGAAAAUUGCAGUAUCUUAGAAGGUUUAAUCUGGUUGGAAACAAGUUUGAGGCAAACAAUGAGCAAGAAUGGCAAUUCCUUACUUCUUUGACAAACUGUAGCAGGUUGCAACAGAUAAAUAUAGAACAGAACAGGUUCUCGGGGCAAUUACCAACCUCAUUGUCUAACUUGUCCACAAACAUCCAAGAGCUAGAUAUUUUUAACAACAAUAUAUCUGGUACUAUUCCAUCAGAUAUUGGAAAUUUGAUAGGUCUUGAGGUGCUUAUUCUUGCUGGCAACUUGCUCACUGGGGCCAUUCCUGAGACCAUAGGGAAGCUUAUACAAUUGAAGAGGCUACAUCUGAGUUCCACCAACUUAUCAGGAUUCAUCCCCUCUUCCAUCGGAAACCUCACUGGUCUUUAUAGGCUUGGUGCAAGCUUCAACAGCUUGGAGGGACCGAUUCCAUCAAGCAUUGGAAAUUUGACAAAACUUUCAGCACUAGAUAUAUCGACGAACCAUCUUUCUGGCUCAAUUCCAAAGGAAAUUAUGCAACUAUCAUCCAUCUCAAUUUAUUUGGCUUUGUCUUACAACUUGCUGGAGGGACCUCUACCUUCAGAGAUUGGCAAUUUGGUAAAUCUCGAACAGCUUAUCCUAUCAGGGAACCAGUUGUCUGGUAAAAUACCUGCAACCAUUGGUGGCUGCGUGGUCCUGGAAACCCUCUUGAUGGAUGGCAAUUCAUUCCAAGGAAACAUCCCUCCCACUUUGAAGAACAUCAAAGGGCUUACUGUACUGAAUUUGACGAACAACAAACUGAACGGUAGCAUCCCAGGGGAACUGAGCAAUAUUACCAGCUUGCAGGAACUGUAUCUUGCACAUAAUGAUCUGUCAGGGUCAAUCCCUGAACUCCUUGGUUAUUCAACAUCUCUGCUCCACCUCGACAUAUCGUUCAACAAUUUACAAGGUGAGGUACCAAAAGAAGGGAUUUUCAGGAAUUUAACUGGACUAUCAAUUUUUGGAAACAAUGAGUUAUGUGGUGGAAUACCACAGCUUCAACUGCCAAAAUGUCCAAGCUCCAAGAGAGGCUUGCCAAAGUCCCUGAGAAUAGCUGUCCCUGCAGCAGUUGGUAUCCUAGUCUUACUUGUAGCUCUUGCUUUAGCUGGAUUUCUGUACAGAAAAUUUAAGUCAGGAUUGAGGAAAGAACAACUGUCACCUCAGAAGAUUGACCUUCCAAUGGUUUCAUACAACGACAUACUCAAAGCAACGGACGGGUUUUCAGAAGCCAAUCUGCUUGGGAAGGGAAGAUAUGGUACUGUAUACAAAGGCACUCUAGAAAAUUUUGCUGCCGCUGUGAAGGUGUUUAAUCUGCAGCAAUCUGGAUCCUACAAGAGCUUCCUGGAUGAAUGUGAGGCACUAAGAAGAGUUAGGCACCGUUGCCUUGUAAAGAUCAUCACAUGUUGUUCAAGCAUCAACCACCAAGGCCAAGACUUCAGAGCGCUAGUCUUCGAGCUCAUGCCCAAUUUCAGCUUAGACCGCUGGAUCCACCCAGAUAUUGAAAGCCAAAACAGAAUGGGAACACUCAGCCUGUCACAGAGGUUAGAUAUCGCCGUUGACCUCGUGGAUGCUAUAGACUAUCUUCACAAUGGUUGCCAACCUUCCAUCAUCCAUUGCGAUCUCAAGCCAAGCAACAUUCUUCUCACAGAGGACAUGAGGGCUCGUGUUGGGGAUUUUGGCAUUGCUAGAAUUCUAAAAGAAGCUGCAAGCGAAGCUUCUGCAAGUUCCCUUAGCUCCAUGGGAAUAAGAGGAUCCAUUGGAUAUGUUGCUCCAGAAUAUGGAGAAGGGCUUCCAGUAUCUACUUAUGGUGAUGUGUACAGCCUUGGGAUCACCUUGAUCGAGAUGUUUACUGGAAGGUGCCCGACAGAUGAUAUGUUUAGAGAUGGGUUAACCCUGCAAUACUUUGCAGAGGCAGCAGGUCUAUCUGGGAAUGUCAUGGAGAUAGCAGACUCCAACAUCUGGCUGCAUGAUGAAGCAAACGAUAGCACUGAUACAGAAAAUAUAAGCAGAGCCAAGGAAUGUUUGGCUGCCAUCAUCCAGCUUUGUGUCCUAUGCUCAAAGCAAUUGCCCAGAGAAAGGAUGUCAACAAGUGAUGCUGCUGCAGAGAUGCAUGCCAUCAGAGAUGCCUACCUCAGUAGUCAGUGAAGUGAUGUUAAAUCAUAUGAAGAAACCACUACCAAAUGCCGAUAACCAUGGGUUCUCCAAGUAUAUUAUUGAGAUCUGUACUAUAUUGUGAUGUAAAGUCUAUCAACUGGUACUGUAUUAUUCACUUUAUACACGUUAUCAUUUGUGACA